AUAGGCGCAAGGCGCAACUUCAGUCGGUUCUAAACCGCGACACCGAGCGCACCGCGAACAUUAUUAUUUUUGAGCCGGAGUUGGUGAGAGACGGCGCGCUUUCCAAUUUAUUUAUAUCCCGAAAUUAUAGAUGUUUCGAAUCGAAGUGGCGUAUUUUUAGUGGAUAAUUUCAUUAACGAGCCAUUGGUGGAAGAAUGCAGUUUCCGAUACAGCGGUCCUUGAAAAGGAAAGCUCGUUACAUCAGCUAAAGCGCCGAUUCAAUCAUGAGACACUUUUGCCAAAGGAAGAGAUAAAACACAAGGGAAAAUGUUAAUCAAAUUGUUCGAAACAGUGAUUUGCCUGUGCAUGUGUUUCUCGGUAAUAACUCCCUAUUUCGACGUAAAACCCAUUAGUGAACGGACUCCUAAAAAACACGUGCUCCCCAAAAUGGUGCAAUCGGAUUUUUCUGACAGUUACUACAAACAAUCUAGAUAUACAAAAUUCGACAAAGUAAUGACUCGAAUAAAUAAAAUGGACGUCGAAAUUCCCGACGAUGGGCCCUCCAAAAUUCGACAUAAAAAUUGGAACAGUCGUAAAGCCAUUUCUACCACAACCACCAAACCUACCACCACCACCGAAAUCGAUCUGUUUGCCGAAACUUAUGGAGAAAUAUCCGAUGAUGAAUAUUUCGACGAUUACGAAAACACAUUGGACGACGAAGACGACGAAUUGGAGUACGAAGACGAAGACGAGAAUCUCUUCGACGAGAUCCAAGCGGAGGAGCCCACGGAGAAACAACCAUCGAGCACAUCUCAGCCUCGAACAGUAUCCAAACUCACCGAAUACAAAUGGACCCAUUUCGGCACCAGAGCGAAGGUGGAGGAAUCCAUGAGGAACCAGCUGCACGCGAACCCAUCCAAAGAACAGAUCAACGUGAACGCGGUGAUGGAGCAUUACACUCGCGUCAAUCAGCAGUCCAUGUGCAAGAGGCCCCUGCUGAGAGUGAUACCGGUCCAACUGGAGCAUCCGGAUCCGACGAGGAGUUAUAUCCCCCCUUGUACAAUAUUAUACCGGUGCGCCGAUGACUCUGGUUGUUGCAAGAGGGACACGAAAUGCCAGUACAAAACGAGACAGCUAGUCUCGCUGUAUUUUUACGCGAAAGUGAUCGGGAGGGAGCACAGCACGAUUGAGAGAUUGGAGUUUUACAAUCACACGGAGUGCGCCUGUAAGGAGAGAACCGAACAGGUCCAGCCCGAGAGUGGAAAAGGCGCCGAAACGAAAUACCCGGAGAGAUUUUUCUUUAACAGAACUACAGAAAAAAAUUUGAUCGGCCAUAAAUGCAACUGUCCAACACCCUAUCAGGCGACGAGUAUUUCCCCGAAAUGCGUUUGCGACUGCGACAAAUUCGAGGAGGAUUGCAUACAGUUGAAGAAGGGAAAAGAGCAUUUCAGUAUGAUGAAUAGAAUAUGCAUUCAAGACGGGGAAUGUGGAAUUCCAACAUGCGAAUACGGUACUUACACGGUGGAAGAAGGUAAAUGUCCCACCAAACAAGACAAAUUGGAGGAUUUUCGUAAGAUGCGGAUCAAUAUGUAGAUACCAAUUAGCUGAUGUAUUUAUCAUAAAUAACGAAUAAGUAUAAUAUCUGUGAUCAUCUAGGAUUAGAAACAGAAAAAAAAGUAAUAAUUGUAAAAGAUCAUUAGAUAAAUUCGACGUGCCGCGGUGUCAAGUUCGAUAUAUUUAUAUUUUAAGUACCUACCUUUAUAAUUAAUUGAACUAUUCGUUUUUACGCUCGAUUUUAUAUGGUUAAAUUAAACGUUGUUUUCAGGUUUAUUGCUGAUUGACAUUUAUAUUACCUGUAUAUUCUAAUUAAAGUAUGAUAAGUCAUUUUGUAAUUGAAAUAAAAAU